UUCGAAGAGUUUAUUUACGCGCGUCCGCGCGUUCCCCGUCGCAAACGGAGUGAGUUCGAACGUCUCGUUCGCGUGGCCGCGAACGGCGCAGGAGCGUCGAGUACGCUCGAAAGUUAGGUUAGGUCUCCCGCAGCUCGGAGAAGACGGGAGUUUUCGGCUUGGCAGACGCCCGCGUCUUCCCUCGGAGGCUCGGCCACGUCUCGCGAAGAGAAACCUCCGUUUUCGUGGGAAGAAACGACGCCCUGGAAGAGAGGAAAGCGCGGUGGCCGCGCGGCGCGUUCUAGGAGAUUUGAAUUCGGGCGCCCUUCGCGCCGCGCGCUGCGGCAGAUGCACGAAGGUCAAAAGUAUUUUAAAAAUAAGGCCGUAGGCAUUGGCAGAUCGGUAUGGCAGUGGACGUUAAGGGUCGGGUGGCGUUGUAAUGGCAAAAAGUUUGCGAAAGGGUUGGGAUUGGAGAUAGGCAAGAUGGACCAACAGUAUUGCCUUCGGUGGAACAAUCAUCCGGCCAACCUGACGGACGUUCUCAGCUCCCUCCUAGCAAGAGAGGCACUCUGCGACGUUACCCUGGCCUGCGUGGGCGAGACCUUCAAAGCGCACCAGACGAUACUCUCGGCGUGCAGUCCAUACUUUGAGAACAUUUUUCUCCAGAAUAAGCAUCCUCAUCCGAUCAUAUUCCUCAAGGAUGUCAACGAUACCGAGAUGAAGGCGCUGCUCCACUUUAUGUACAAGGGAGAGGUUAACGUUAGUCAGCAUCUACUUCCGAUGUUCCUUAAAACGGCAGAGGCGCUACAGAUCAGGGGUCUCACCGACAAUAGUGUAAAUAACAAGACCGAGGAGAAGAGUCCGUCGCCCGAGCCCGAAACGCAAACCGUCGCCAGGCACGCGGAGUCUCCCAACCACCAGCCUCAUCGCGAAAAGAGGAAACGACAGCACUCCGGCAGCUACGACAUUUCCUUGACCGGACCGCCCAGUGAACGAUUCCUGUCAGAUUCUCAGGCGUCGUCCCAAUGUAGUUACAAGUCGAGUCCUCCAGUGAUUCCAAAGUUAAAUAAUGCAUUGGGGAGUGACCUUGAAGAAGGCAGUCAACCAAUAUCUCUUUCAUCUCAACCUCAGGCUCCUAUAAAACAGGAAUUAGACCACCACAUGAGUGACUUGCAUGACAUCUCCCUCCCUGGACAUCCGGUCGGGUUGCUAGGAGAAGGAGGGCCCAUGGCAGGGACGCUGAGCGACGGGGCGCCAGGAACGGACUCGUCCGAGCACCACAAUCCACACGAAAUGCUUGACGGACUCGAUGAUCCGACAUUUUUAACUCCUCCGAGCGUUGAAUGCGUGCCGAUAUCCGACAUAGAGAAAGUAAACGUCUCAGAUUAUUUCGAAAGGCUGCCCCACGGUUACACUAGCAAAUGCAAAGUCUGCGGGAGAGUCGUGUCGAAUUUAAAGAAUCACUACUUGACGCACAAUCCGGGGAACUUUGUAUGCCCGAUGUGCGGCUGCCGCAGGACCAGGCUGGACAAUCUCAAGGUCCACAUUAAACAGAAACACCCCGACAUACAGAUAGUACACAAGAGUGUCGGGUGCAACCCACAGAACACGGUUUUGAGUUAAGUCGCGACACUCGGCUCCCUGUUUCUCGUUCACCCUUUGCCCCUCUAAUUUCUCUCUCGCUUCUCAACCCGACCUUUCUCGAUCUCUAUCCGAAGCUUUGCCCCGGCUCCCUGUCCUUAAAAUGACGACUCGUCGAUUUAAACAACGCCUCUUGCCCGGAAAUCGUCAUCCAUUACCUCCCCAUCCGAUCGCUGACUGAUAUUUCCUACGGCCACGUGGUGACCAAAGUGGACGAGAUUAACGCGGAGGGUGACGUUGUCUUUGGUGUCUUGAGAAAGGCGUCCAAGGGUUCCAGCGAUUGGGAACUUGGAGUCCGAUGGGUGUCGACGGCGUCGCUCGCGGAUCGAUCCCGAUCUAUCUUUCCCUGGAGGUUUGACUCGUCUCGCGAGGCGCUAAUUCCGUUUCUCCCCCAAAAGUGCACGUAGCAGCGAGCGCGAUUACCCUCUGAUAGGGGAAGGGACCGUGGAGGUAGGCUCUUCGGGCUCUCGCGACCUCCUUAAUUUCGUUAGGCGUCAGGUAUUAGACGCCCUGGGUGCAUCGCCGUCCGGCUCUUAGAUCUUAAUAAGGUGCUUUCACUCCAAUUCGCGGGUCCCGGCUGGAAUGUCUCGCGGUCUUCUCUCGGCGCCUCUCGAAAUCCAUCUUUCUCUCUCUCUCUCUAUCUUGCAUCCCCUCCGCCUUGUCUCGUACUUGGCGCCCGAGAUCAGAGAUUGCAGGAAGUGCUUCGCGGAGGACGAAUAAGAUUUUCAAGGGACGCCUCGAGAGCGCCGAGUCGCGUCGCCUUCGAGCGUCGGGGUGUCCCGUGGCGGUAGAUUGGAAUAGGUUCCUCGAAAAACCGGAGCCGAAGGGUCUCCUCUGAUUAAUUGGGCCCUUUAUCUCCGCCCGGUGGGGUAUCUUGUCGGGCGGUUCCGAAUCUUCGAUCGAUGGCGCUCCUCCUCGCUAGUCGCUCGCUGGUUAUGCCCGAACGGAACCGGAAUGGAUCCCGAGAUCGACCCGGUCGAGACGGAUGGACGAGGGGAGACGGUACAGGGCCCUUUGAAGAUAAUCUUCUUAGCGACUCGCGCCGUGCCUCGUCCUUGUUACACCGACUUAAUUCCCGCGACAAGAAGAUCAGAGGUCCCUGCGCUCGCCUCUGGAGGGUGUCUCGCAAAUCCGAGACCCGAUCGGUCUCUUCCUCCUCCGAUUCGCCGUUCCAGCCAGAAAUCGAGUCCCUGACGGGACGGAGCCGCUCGAUCGAUUUCUGGAAUUUGUCUUUUGGUAAUCUUAGGGAACGGGAACUCUUUCAAGGGCUCCUCGAGGUGGAGGCUCGGCUCGGACGGGGUUCGCGGAGGAUCGAGGGAUUCGACGACUCGGAGCUGGUGGUUGAUCAAAAGGUUCUAUAGAAAUUCGAUUAGAAAUUCCCGGAUUUCCGGCGAACCGUGGAGACGGUUCCGGGGAACCCGGGGCUGUCUGGGAGUCGCGGACGAAUCUUCCAUCGUCGUGGGAACACUCCCGGUUGUCCGGUACCAUUCGUAAGGGUUUCGCCCUGUCUCGGAAACGCAGGCUCGCAAACGGCCAGGACGGCAACAGCUUCCGGUAGUUCGUACCGGCAAACGAGAAACUCUUGUUCGAGGUGCUCUCUCACCCGACCGCCGUCUAAUUCGCGGCCAGAGCUAAUGCAUUAAUACCGGGUAUAUAAGUGGAGUCGAGGGCGCGAGUUAAGUUGGUAAGCUGUGAGUGCCGAAGGGUGUCGAAGGAUUAGUCGGCAACAGUCCCGAUCGCUCCCUGUGUGGGUCCCGGGUCCGGUCAGGGUGCGUAUCCCGGUCGGAAGCUCCGCUUCCGGUACCGGAAGUCCCGCGGAAGGGGAGGGAGAGGAGGUGUUCCUUGGGGUGGCACUCGGUGAGGCGACGUGAUCGAUCUCGGACGAACGUUCCACUUCCAGGAGGGAUCUUCAUUCUACGUCUCGAUCUCGGUAGCCUAUCCCGUGUUCCACUUCUCGGUCACCCCUCCUCUGUGUUCCCCAACCCGUGACUUCGCGACGGUAGGGGGUGUCAACGAAGACGAGCCUUCCGUUUCUGGCGCCUCUCUCGAGGAACGUGCCUCCCGGAAGGGAAGGAUGGGCACCGAGGAGCGGUCGUCGACUCGAUCCGUUUUCGAUGAAUCUUUCUUUUUUUUCUCUCUGUUCUCUUUUCAUCCAUCCCUUCAUCUCCGAACGUGCUCUCUUCUCGGGAAGGCACCUCCGGGUGCACCCUGGUACCUUGUCUUUCGCUUCUAAGACGACAACCGGUGUUCGGAUACCCUGACCGUAGAUUCCCGGAUGAUCGUCCGGCCUCCUUGCUCGCCCGAUUCCUCCGUAGGUCUGUUGUCUCCGAGAUCGGGGUGACCGCGUUAUCGGUCAAGUCGAAGACGACUUCCCGGUGCCCGUCUUUCGCGCCGACCCCCUCGUUCACGGAGAGGCACGGCCGAAUGACAAUUUCUUGUCACAUCGUCCCCGAGAGGGCAAUUCACGCCUCGCGGGCACGCGGGGAAGCGUCCACGUCUCCGUUUGUUUCUCUCUCUCUUUCUCUCUCUGUCUCUCUUAUCCUUCUAUCUGGUUUUCUAUCUCUCUGUCUUUCCUCGGUCUCUCUCUCUCGCUCUCGC